AUGGUUUUUGAGAAAUAUUUUACUGAUAUUCCGAUCUUGACCACUAAGUCACUAAAUUCUUCUCCUGCCGUCGCCGAAUCAUUACUUAAACAUAAUGUAAAUGUGUGUACAAAGAAUUUUACAUUUCAUAAAGUGACAUCAAAAGAUAUUGUAAAAUAUUUUAAAACUAUUGAUGUUAAGAAAACUGCGGAUCUGUGGGGGAUUUCCGUUAAAGUUAUUGCGUCUAUAAUAGAUACAAUCGCGCCUCAUUUAGCUAUUAUUUUUAAUACUAGUAUCGAAUCUGGUGUGUUUCCUGAUUUAAUGAAGCAUAGUAAAGUAAUACCUUUAUUUAAAUCUGGUAGUACAUUAGACCCCGCCAAUUUUAGACCUAUUUCUGUACUACCAACACUUAGUAAGAUUUUUGAAAAAAUUGUUCUUGAUCAAAUGUUAAAUUUUUUUAAUAUAAAUAAUUUACUUCAUAAAAAUCAAUUUGGUUUCACAAGGGGUCGCUCGACAACUGAUGCCGGUGUUGAGCUGAUUAAAUAUAUCUUUAAUGCAUGGGAGAAUUCACAGGAUGCUUUGGGUAUAUUUUGUGACCUAUCCAAGGCCUUCGAUUGUGUUCACCAUGAAACAUUAAUCAGGAAACUUCAACACUACGGUGUAAGAAGUGAUGCCCUUAAAUUAAUUAUUUCAUAUUUAAGUAAGAGAACGCAAAAAGUUGUCAUUAACAAUAUGAGCUCUUCCGGAUCGAUGGUACAAAUGGGCGUGCCUCAAGGCUCAAUUCUCGGCCCCUUUCUGUUUCUUGUAUACAUUAAUGACUUACCUUACAUAGUAGGGGAUAGCCAUGAUAUAGUAUUAUUUGCAGAUGACACUUCUUUAAUUUUCAAAUUAAGUCGACAGUUACUAAAAUAUGACGAAGUAAAUAAUGCUAUAUCUAAAUUAGUAAAUUGGUUCGAUGUUAAUAAUUUGCAUUUAAAUGGCACUAAAACAAAAUGUAUGAAAUUCGUGACUCCAAAUGUCAAACAAUUAAAUACUAAUGUAAUUUUAAAUGGGGAGAAACUGAGUCUUGUAGAUACCACCAUUUUUCUUGGAAUCACACUAGACGCGAAGCUUCAAUGGAGCCCCCAUAUAUCAAAACUAGCAAGCAGACUUAGUUCUGCAGCAUAUGCUGUAAAAAAGAUUAGAAGUCUAACCAGUGUUGAAACAGCUAGACUAGUUUACUUCAGCUACUUCCAUAGCAUAAUGUCGUAUGGUAUUUUGCUAUGGGGACACGCAGCUGACACAGAAAUUAUAUUUGUUUUGCAGAAGAGGGCCAUAAGAGCAAUUUAUGAUUUAAAGCCUAAAGAGUCGCUGCGACAAAAAUUUAAGGAAAUUAAUAUAUUAACUUUGGCCUCUCAAUACAUUUAUGAAAAUUUAAUGUACGUACACAAAAAUAAAAGUAGUUUUAUAAAAAUAAGUGAUAUUCAUUCUGUAAAUACUAGGAACAGACACAAGCUAGUAGUACCAGUUACUCGACUCCAUCGAGUCAGUAAUUCAUUCUUGGGGCGAUGUAUACGCUUUUACAACAAAAUUCCAGAAAAUAUACAAAGUUUGGCCUGUUCAAAGUUCAAAAACUUUAUUAAACUAAGUUUGUAUAAAAAGGGUUAUUAUAAUAUUAAGGAAUUUAUGGAUGAUAAUAACCCCUGGAAAUGA